AUGGAUUCCGGCGAAGACCCAGAUACCCCCGAUGCGCAGAGGAGGAAGAAGCGGUAUCACCGCCACACCCCGAAGCAGAUUCAGACACUCGAGGCGUAUGCUCCAUCUUCCUCUUCCUCUUCCUCCUUCCAUGCCUUGGGCUAAUCUUGUCCUGGUUUUGGCUGGCUUAAUAACCUGUUGUCGGGGAUUUCUAUUUGUUCUUCGAAAUUUUCAGCAUGUUCAAGGAAUGCCCUCACCCAGACGAGAAGCAGCGGAUGCAGCUGAGUAGGGAGUUGGGGUUGGAGCCUCGCCAGAUCAAGUUCUGGUUUCAGAACCGGAGGACACAGAUGAAGGUCUCUCUCUCUCUCUCUCUCCUCCUCUCCCUCUCUUUCCCUCUUUUCCUAUUCGUUGUUACAGUGGAUCUGCUUCCUCCGUAGGUUCAAAAUGAGAGGUCGGAUAACUGCUCGCUGCGGGCGGAGAAUGAAAGGAUCCGCUGCGAGAACAUCGCCAUCAAGGAGGCGCUGAGGAACAUAAUCUGCCCCACAUGUGGCGGCCCUCCGGCCGCCGAAGACUCCUUCUUCGACGAGGAGAAACUCCGAAUGGAGAACGCCCGGUUGAAAGAAGAGGUCGGAAUCCAUCUUCCUCCCCCAUUUCUUCCGUAAAGCCUCGAACUCUCUUCGGCAUCUCAGGAUUUCUCUGCGGGUUUAAGGUCUUUCUUUGUCUUCUUCACGCGGAAUUAUCUCGCUGACCCGAUGCUAAUUAUGGGAACGUGCAACCAGCUUUCUAAGUAACACUUGCGGAACACGAUCGUCAACUAGUUUCAGCGUUGAUCCUUUCACCUUCGUGGAUUUCUCGUUUCUCGAUCUUAAAGACCUUGCCUGCAUCUGAACAUUUUAGUUUAAUUUAAUGGCAGCUUGAUAGAGUCUCCAGCGUCGCCUCCAAGUAUCUCGGAAGGCCCAUCACUCAGCUACCUUCUAUUCAGCCAAUUCCCGCUUCCUCGUUAGAUUUGUCAGUCGGGGGAUUCAGCUCUCCGAGCCUCGGUCCUUCCCUGGACCUCGACCUCCUCCCGGGGAACCUGCCGUCCGUCCCGCCAUUGCCGUUUCCGCCGGGGGGCAUGUCAGAGGUGGAGAAGUCUCUCAUGGCGGAUGUUGCGGCUAACGCAAUGGGGGAAUUGAUUAGGCUGGCUCAGACCGACGAGCCGCUGUGGAUGAAGUCUGGGAGCGACGGCAGAGAGAGGCUUAACCUGGAGAGCUACGACCGGCUCUUCCCCAGGUCUGGAAACCAACUGAAGAGCCCGGUCAUCCAUUCCGAGGCGUCGAGAGCCUCCUGCGGCGUGAUGAUGGGCGCCACCUCGUUGGUCGACAUGUUCAUGGACUCGGUGAAUCCCUCGGCCUCCUCUGGUUAUCAUCUGAUAUGAUCCCAAUUCCCUGAACUCUAGCUUAUAUAAUAAUCCCGUCUCCUCUCUCUCUCUCUCUCUCUCUCUAAUUGCAGAGCAAGUGGAUGGAGCUUUUUCCGACGAUAGUGUCGAGGGCUAGGACUAUCGAAGUCCUCUCACCCGGGAUGGGAGGAAGAUCCGGGUCUUUGCUAUUGGUAUGCACUGAACUCAACGUUGGCCUCCGGGUUUGGUCAACCCUGAAAGUUCCUGUUUUUUGUUUUUACUGAUUGAACGCUGGAUCGAUUCAGAUGUACGGGGAGUUUCAAAUCCUCACGCCGGUCAUCCCCACCCGGGAAUUCUACUUCCUCCGUUACUGCCAGCAGAUCGAGCAGCACCUUUGGGCGGUGGUCGAUGUCUCCGUUGACAUGUCCAGGGAGAACCUGUUCGCUCCGCCGUCCCGGUCGCGGCGGCUCCCCUCCGGCUGCGUGAUCCACGACAUGGCCAACGGGUACUCCAAGGUGAGCCGCCUUCCUCCCUUUUGCGCCGCCGCGCCCCUCCCUCUCGCCGCCGGAUUGACGUCGUAGCUUGGAUCAGGUGACCUGGGUAGAGCACAUGGAGAUCGAGGAGAAGAGCCCGAUUCAUCAUCUUUACAGAGGCCUCGUGGUGAAGGGGGUGGCCUUCGGCGCCCAGCGAUGGCUGGCGACGAUGGAGCGGAUGUGUGAGAGAUUCGCGACUCUGAUUAUGCAUGGCAGCUCCGGCCGCGACCUCGGAGGUAAUAGAUCGGAUUGGGGGUUCGCCGGCGGUUUGUUUGCCGGGGAACGGGAUAAUCAUGCGGUUUCUUUCAUGGUGGCUGCUGCAGCUCCGACGAUUCCCUCCGCCGAGGGGAAGAGGAGCAUGAUGAAGCUCGCGCAGAGGAUGAUGAGCAACUUCUGCUCGAGCAUUGGCGCGUCGACGGGUCACCGGUGGACGACUCUCUCGGGAAUGAACGACGUCGGCGUGAGGGUCACCGUCCACAAGAGCGUUGACCCCGGCCAGCCCAGCGGCGUCGUCCUCAGCGCCGCCACCUCCAUCCGGCUGCCCGUGUCGCCGGAGAACGUCUUCAGCUUCUUCCGCAACGAGCAGACCCGGUCUCAGGUACUCCUGCCGUUCUGGGUCAACCCCACCCUUCACCUCGCCGGCGCCGCUCUGCUGACGAAGCUCUUUCUUUUCCACUUUCAGUGGGACGUCCUGUCCAACGGCAACUCGGUGCAGGAAGUCGCCCACAUCUCCAGCGGCCAGCAUCCGGGGAACUGCAUCUCCCUCCUCCGGGUAAUUGAUUUCUGCAACUGGGUCAUCAUCAUCUCCUCCUCUUUGGAUAUGGCAUGGGAUCAUCAAUCACUCUGCUUGUCACUCCCACUCUCAUGAAGCUGUUAUUAGAAAGCAUCAAUCUGAAUCAAGAAGGCGGCUUGAAUGCCUUUCUUUUUAUUACGAGCCCGCUGGUCAUUAUUGUCGGAGGAAGAGUUCUGGGUCCUGAUUUCGUCAUUUUUUCAUGGGUUGCGCAGGCGUUGAAUUCGAGCCAGAGCAACAUGCUGAUACUGCAGGAGAGCUGCACCGACUCGUCGGGAUCCAUGGUGGUGUACGCCCCCAUCGACCUGCCGGCGAUCAACAUCGUCAUGAGCGGGGAGGACCCCUCCUACAUACCCCUCCUGCCGUCGGGGUUCACCAUACUGCCCGACGAGGACGGCGCCGCCGCCGCCGCCGCCGCCGCCGCGGGAGGGCCCUCCACGAGCUCUAACCCCGGCAGCGGCGGCGGCGGAUCCCUGAUCACGGUGGCGUUCCAGAUCCUCGUGAGCAGCCUCCCCUCUGCAAGGUUAAACCUAGAGUCAGUGACGACUGUCAACAACCUCAUCAGCACCACCGUGCAGCAAAUUAAGGCUGCCUUGAAUUGCCCCACCCUAUGA